GUCGAGCGAAAGAGGCUGCGCGACCGCCUCCAGGACUUUGGGCUCCGGGAACACGCCGUCGCGUCGGACGGCAACUGCCAGUUCCGCGCCAUCGCCCACCAGCUCUGCGGCAACGACGAGCGCCACGACGCCGUCCGGAAGCGCGUCGUCGGCCAGCUCACCCUCGAGCCCGAGCGGUACGCCGAGUUCUGCAUGGUCGAGGACGCCGAAGACGCCGACUUCGAGAGCUUCGUGCGCCGCAUGGGCAACGACGGCGAGUGGGGCGACGCCGUGACGCUCCAGGCCGCCGCGGACGUCUACGGCAUCGUCGUGUGCCUCGUGACGUCCUACAACGAGCGGGGCAUCUUCCGCGCGACGCCGCAGCAUCGGACGCCGCCGACCGCGCCGCCCACCAUCUGGCUCGCCUUCUGGGCCGAGUCCCACUACGCGUCCAUC